AUGGCGGAUGGCGAAAGGACGGCAGAGACAGGUGGACACAUGUUCUUUGAGCCAGUAACCCAGGCCUGUGGCAGUCCGCUACAUCCAGGUCUCAGUGCGCAAUUUGUGCCAACAGCCCUGUCCAAGUGUCCACAAAGGCCCAUUGGAUCUCCUGGACCUCGCCGUGUGGGUGAAGGCGCUGUUCACUUUCUGAACUUCGAGGAACGCAUGCCGGAGCGCGAAGGCAUACCUCCACUGCAGUUCGGAGAGGCUUACACAUCCCCAUCUUUGGCUCCUUCAGUGCCUGGUGAGCCCACCACCUUGGGUACUAGCGCGGCUGGGCGCGUGGCGGCGGCCAAACUGAGGUGGCAGGUGAGCAUUCAAUCUAUGAUACAGGAUCGGCCCUGGCACUUUUGUGGUGGCACCCUGAUUACACCUCAGUGGGUGCUGACUGCAGCACACUGUGCAGCAGAGGUGACCAAUGUGUGUCAGCUUAAGUUGGAGGUUUCACCAGGGAAGCCCUUUCCACCAAUCUCUUUGGACUUGCCUGUCCUUUCUAUUGCGGGGGGAGCAGCAUUCCAGCCAUCAUUGCCUCCUUUCUCCUUGGACUUCUCACUGGCUGUCUUUGCAGUUCAGGCAGCUCCCAAGAGCGUGAGUGGAAGGUCAUCAGCCCAGACGCUGGGCCUGUUGCCCCCUCGGCAACCACACCAGGAAAAGCAAGAUCGGGUUUCUUUUGGUGAUUACAACAGUUUUGCUGAACUUUUGCCUGAGUGCCCAGAUCGUUUACUGGGGGUGUGCUCACGCCUCAAAGGAGGGUCACACACCGUUGAGUACCGAGCCAGGCGUGCCUGGGAAGCAGGCUAUUGGGCCUCUCUUUGCCUGCGCAAGAAGAUCAGGUGCCCUCGAGCCACCUUGCCCAUUGACCUCAAGCCGGCAGUCUAUAUCAUUGUCCAAGCUCGUGGGCUGUCAGCCCCUACGAGGGUUAGCAGAGCUUCUGACUUGGCAAGGAUUACAGGAAAGUUUUGCGAGGAGACAAUUUGCCACGGCUUCCCAUCACUUGCCGAGGCGGAGGUGUACUGUGCGGCCCUGGGCAUCACGGCCUAUGUCGUGAUGAGGAGGCCUGGAGGAGUUCUGUUGAUGGUCCCAGAUCAGGUCAUCGAUACAGAAGUCUUGAUGGAUCAUUCAGUAUCGCCAGAGGAUGGGUCAGAGCCUCUUGUGGGUCCGUUCAACACCUUUUCAGUUCCACUUCUUUGCUCUUCUCCAGAGGGAGGUCUGGUAGAUGCAGGGGAGGAGGUCAGGUUUUUGGCAAUCGAUAUGAGCCUCCCAGGUAUAAGCGGCCUUUUGCAGCCGUAUCCAGAGGAUGGAGAGGACACAGAUCUGAUCAACCAUUUUGCCCACUUCGACUCCAGUGCGCGACCCAGCUUUCCAGAGGCUUUGGCUCAGAUUCGGCAGUGGCUGGACGAGCAGGCGGUGGACAGAGCCGGCUUCUACACAGCCAUGGAAGAAGAGGAGCAGAUCCCCCCUACCAGUCCAAAGGCUGCCACAAAGGCAAGAGGAUCCGUUCCUGGUUCUACCAUGCCCGCAAAAGCAGGAGCGGCACCAAAAGCGAGGAAGCACACGGUAGCAUCCCUAGCAGAACAAGUGGAGGUUCUCAUGGGAGCUCUUCCAGAGAUCUCAGAACAGCUGGCAGCACUUGCAAAGAGGACCGAGGAGCAGCAACAGCAGCAUGGGCAGCCGCAGCAGGAGAACCCCCGGCCGAAAACAAGCAAGCAGCAGCCCCCUGGCCCCCCAGCCACUUUCAGACCUCUGGCAGGAGCCAAGGCCGCGAUGCCGGUCUCUGCUUUAGUGGCAGGCCAUCCAUGCACAGACUUCUCCAGACUGAGUGCAUUAGCAGGGCCCUCUCCCAUUGCCAGACCAGCCCCAGCAAAUGCCGCCCCGAUACAACCGGAGCAGACCUUAGAGGAGGACGAGCCUUUCGACCCAGCCCUAAUGGCAGAGGCCGACAACAUUGGCUCUCCCAUGGCCCAGGCAUUGCUGCAGCAGGCCAAAGCCCUACAGGCCAUCAUGUCCCAUUUCCACAGUACAAGCACAGAUCCUAUGUCAGACCUGUCGUCUUCUACACCCACCACGGGAAUCAAGGAAAGGGAGGCAGUCUUUGAUGAAUUUGAUAAUGCAGCCUCUGAGAAGUUUCCGGAGAAGGAGAGGCUUUCAACGUUCUCCUUCACUUUUGAGGCUUGGUGCAUGUCGCUUGCGAGGAGGUGCUUGAAGUCACGUACAGGUUUCAGUUUUUUCCUCAGCAAGACCCUCUGCCUUUCAAGGGACGGGCCCAUCGCCCAUCCUACCGCCUUGUUCCCUCUGCCGAUGCCCACAAAGAGCUUUGCAGCAGGCCCGGAUAGGUCCAAGAGCAGCACAGCCAAGAGCAUUGCCAUUGACCGAGCUUUGCACGUCUUAGUGAGUGCUUUGAACUAUAUUUACUGGUCAAGAGGAAUGCCGCCGUUGGAUCAGAUUCGGAGGCAACCCAAUGAGAUUCAGGCGAAGGCCAUCUCCAACUUGCGGUUGCUUUUGGAGGCGUGUGACCGUGGUUCACCAAUACAAGUGUCGAGCAGCGGUCGGAAGAAUUUGCAGCUAGUUUGUCGGUUACAAGAACUUGCGCUGGCAGCAGAAAAUUUGGGCAUCCAUUCCGGCCCUUAUGCAGAAGUUGUUGAACAUGCUGAGGUACCAGUCAACAACACCGCUUUUCCCCAGUUGCAGCCCUUCUCCAACCUUGUGCCAGAGCGUCUCAAAAUCACCGGCCGCGGCCAGUGGGACGCCUCAAAGUUCAUUGAGCCAGAGCUUUACAUGGCGUUUUGUGAGCCCCAGGUCAUUGAGCUAGAGCAGCCCAUUUUUGACCGAGGCAUCCCCAACUUUGAGGUUGAUAGCCCUUCGACAGUUCUGGAGCUUUUUGAGAAAUGGGACAAGCUUGGACUUUUGGAGUUGCAUCCGCCGAGCUCCAUCAUGACCGGCCAGACUGGCCGUGUCAAUCUUCAAUGCGUUCAAGGUCACGGGGUGAGACUGUGUGUCACAGACAGGUCAGACUAUUACCAUCAGGUUUCAGUGUCCUACGAGAGGAGCCGCACAAACAUUGUCUGGCCCCCCAUGCCCUUGCAGAACUUUGUCAAGUUUGAGGCUUACAAGAGGUAUGUUCAGCGGGCCAACCAGAGCAAGAAGGCCAUUGACAGGACAGUCCAUGGAGAUAUGUUGAACGGCCACAGACCCGACAGCAUGCCCUUGGACGUGUGGCAAAAGAGGACCCUUCAGGAUGCUGAUGAUUUUGGGGAUGAAGAGCACCAUGAAGAUGUUUUUGGUGAGGCCCAGAAACAACCAGGCCCCAGCCGACCUUUGGCUCAACGCUUCGACUUCAUUGAAGUGUGUGGUGGCUCGGGCGUCAUUUCCGAGGAGAUGAAUGCUUUGGGCUAUGUGGUUGGGCCUAUCAUUGACAUCACCUACUCAGCCCAAUACGAUUUGAUUGAUGUCAGAACGUUGGAGUGGCUCAUGUUUUUGGUGCAGAAUCGCAGAGUGAGAGCACUUGCUUUGGAACCACCCUGCACUACGUUCUCUGCAGCUGCCUACCCUGCCUGUCGAAGUUAUCAACAGCCCAGAGGUUGGAACCAGAAGAGCAGAAAAGUUUGGCUUGGCAAUCGAUUGGCUUUUGCCUGUCUCAGCCUGAUACUUGUAGCAGCGCAUAGCAUGGUCCUGGCUUUGCUGGAAACGCCGCGCCGCUCCAAGAUGGGUUGGUUGAAGGAGUGGCUGUAUCUUUUGUCUUUGCCGAAUGUGGAAGAGAACUUCACAGCUUCCUGCUCCUUUGGCUCACCUUACCAGAAGGAGUCCAAGUUCCUUACAUGCAACAUGCGGGCGAGAGGGAUUUGCAAACCGUGCACAAGAGACCAUGAGCAUGUCAGAAUCCAAGGCCAGCUCACAAAGGGCAGUGCUGUCUAUUGCAAGGGUCUGGCCAUAGCUCUGGCAAACCUCUUCCAUGUGCACUUGCAGAUUGAGGAGAAAUUUUUGCAGAAGCAUGAGAUAGCAGCAGAAGGUUUGGAGAGUGUUUUUGUGAAUGAGGUCAUGAAGCGGCAGGCUUGGAAAGUUGGAUCAGCAUGGAGAUGGACAGGGAAAUCACACAUAAAUGUUUUGGAGAUGGCGAGCGUUUUUCAAGCAAUCAAGACAGCAGCAAGACGAGGAGGUGGAAGGGUCUGUCUUUUGGUGGACUCAAAUGUGGUUGUGAGGUCAGUUGCAAAAGGAAGAUCCUCCUCAAAGGCACUUGCCUCUCUCUUGCGGAAGAUCAUGGCAGUUUCCUUGGCCUUUGGAAUCUUCAUUGCGAUUCUUUUUGUUCCAACCCGCCUCAACGUUGCUGAUGAUCCAACACGCUCUGCUCCUCUCCGAGAUCCCCUCCGGGGCAAGACUUUCCUGGCUGACCUUGACUCCGAUGGACUUUUCAAGCUGGCAGAGCUUCCCAGGCUCAGACGUUGGAUUUCAAAUUGGACUUCACUUUUCCUGGGGCUCUGCUCUCUCCAUGCCAUCCCUCAUGCUGCUCUCUCCAUUUCCAAUCCCCGCUUCAGAUCCAGCCUGCCUCCUGUGGAUUUUUACCAGCAUCUUUUGGAAUUUGAUGCAACCCUGGGUUACCCUGGUGAAGGUCCUCAUGUAGCAGUAGCAGGUAGGUUUUGGAUUUUGAUUUUCGCUCUCUGCGUAGUUAGCUGCCAUGGAAUGCUCCCGCGGCAUCGUGAUGAUCAGCGCCGUGCCAGUCUCAGGGGAGAGAAGCCUUUGUUUUCUGGCAGGCCAGUGCAGGUUCUGACAAGGACGAACAGAGACAAGCUGCUGGACCAAUUCAAGGCAUGGCUUACAGCGAGGGGUGAUAACCUCCAAGAAAUUCUGGCGGGUGCGUAUGUCAACCCAGAGACCAUUGUGGCAAAACUGGUGCUGCAAGCCUAUCGCAGGGACUUGGUGCUACCAGCUGACGUUGGCUUCACUUCGACGUCAGUUUUUCUGCGAGUGCGAGUACAAAACUCCUGGGGAGAAGGCAAGAAGCAAAGAGAUUGGAAAAGGGAUUUGAACAGUGCCGUGACCCGUCGCGUGAAGAAGAUCUAUAGCAACCCGAGUUACAACGUGCAGGUUGAGUCGGAUAGCGACUUCGCGCUGAUUGAGUUGGAUGCUCCGAUGCCCAUCACCGAGUGCAUCGGCCCCGCCUGUUUGCCCAGUGCCAACGACCCCACCGACCGCACAGGCAGCGAGUGCAUCAUCACCGGCUGGGGCACGGUGUCGUCCUCAGGGCCCCUGCCCGAUAGCCUGCAGGAGGCGGCGGUGACUGUGCUGAAUGACACGGCUUGUGUCAAGGCCUACGCCAAGCAGAAUGACACCGUCACUGACACCAUGUUCUGUGCCACGGGGACCUCCGCCCACGGCAUCACCGAUACCUGCCAGGGGGACAGUGGUGGCCCCUUGGUCUGCGAAGAGAAUGGUCAUUUCGUGGUGCGUGGCGUCACCAGCUGGGGCGAGGGAUGUGGCAUGGAAGGCUUUCCAGGGGUCUAUGCCCGGGUGACUUCUGCCCUCGAUUGGAUCCACGAUGUCAUGGAUGGCAAGGUGAAGCAAUCGGAUUUUGAGCCCGACAAUGUGGACUAUGGGGGUGCCAUGUGGAAAGUGGUCGAUGGAGACUGCGUGAUGGAUGAGAAGCAUUGCAUCAUGAGCCCAGGCUUUCCCAAGAACUACACUUCUGCAGAUUUUUGCCGCAUUGCUGUGAAUGACUCAGUAGCUGUGCCAAUAGUUGUGGAGAAAUUCGACACCGAGAUGAACUAUGACUCUCUGAUCGUGAAUUGUGAAUCGUAUUCGGGUACUCGAAGUCCCCUUGGCGUUGUCCCGGAGUCCGACAUCUAUUGGACCUCGGAUGGAAGUCUCACGAGUGCCGGUUGGCCUUUGAGCUUUGUACAGAGAGUGCAGUGCCAGGCAGGAUUGAGCAGCCCCUUGGGCAAGGCGCGGGAAACCGGGACGCUGCUGGCGUUGCUUUCUGGCUGUGCCUGGGGUGAGCUGCAUCGCGUUGUGGGCUCGGGCCUUGGUGCCUGGACCCAGUGCGGGGUGAAGGGCCGGGAACGGCAGAGGAUCGUGAAUGGCCAGGAUGCUGGGGAAUGCGUUUGGAGAUGGCAGGCGAGCAUCAAUACCGAUCGGUACGGUCAAUUCUGCGGCGCCACGUUGAUCACUUCAGACUGGAUCCUGACAGCAGCUCACUGCGUAAAAGAUGUUCAUAGCCCAUGCGCAGUGCAGAGCCUGAGGAUAGGUGUUGGGGCUUAUUCAAGGAGCCUGCGCGAGUUGGCCAAUGACGAGCAUUCCGUGGAGCGGAGGGUGCAGGGGAUCUACAUACAUCCGCUCUAUCAGAAGAACGUGAACCAUGACUACGACUUUGCUCUCAUCAGGCUGGACAAAGCCGUGCCCAUCAACAGAUGUAUUGGUGUAGCGUGCUUGCCCACAGACGCGCACGUCGGAAGCAAUUGCACCAUCACGGGCUGGGGCACUUUGCAUUCGCAAGGUGGACAACCUGAAGUGUUGCAACAGGCUCCGGUGGAGUUUGUCAAUAGAAAGAGCUGCGAAGAGAAUUACACCGCCACCAAAGAUACCAUCACUGCCUCCAUGAUGUGUGCUGCCGGCCGUUCCAAAGGUGGCAUCACGGACUCAUGUCAAGGUGACAGUGGAGGUCCCUUGGUGUGCCAACAGGGCGACGGUCGCUACUCAGUGCAGGGGGUGACUUCGUGGGGCCAGGGCUGUGGCCUGCCGAACUUCCCAGGGGUCUACGCGCGGGUGGCCAGCAGCCUGGCGUGGAUCGAAGAUGUUUUGGAAGGAAAGGUGAAGCCCAAAGCGGUGGCCCAUGAGGACGAGGUCAAGGUGAACUUCAAAGGUCAGGUCUUUGUUGUCCUCACUGGGGAUUGCACGGUCGAUGAAGAUGGCUGUGUGAGCAGCCCGGGAUACGACUCUGGCGCCUAUGGCAACAACGAACGCUGCCGCAUUGCGGUGAACGCUGCAGUAGCCACACCGUUGCGGGUGGAGAAUUUCUCCACUGAGGCUGGCUACGAUUCGGUGGUGGUGAACUGUCGCCGCUAUUCAGGUUCCAAGGGUCCUAGCGGAGUGAUCCCCAGCUCAAGUAUUUUGUGGUCCACAGAUUCCAGUACAGUGGACGAGGGUUGGAAGUUGUGUCCUUCCUAA